GUUUUCACAACUGCACAUACGCACACACAUUUAAGCACAGCAGUGAAAAAGAAUGAUAGAGUUGGGGAUAUCUCAUUCUGCAUGAUGAACCAGUUAGUAGUAACUGCAGCUACCAGUAAUGUGUUUUCGUUUCACAAAUCGUGUUGGAAUAUAGAAAAUCACAUAGAAAAAUUAGAAUUAAAAUCUCUAGAAGCCAAACAGAAAGCUCAAUCUGAAAAUUGUAAAUAAAUAGUUAAGUUGGUUAAAUCUGUUAUAGUUAUGCUUGGGUACAUGAAAUGUAUAAAUAGACCCUUUGUACAGUCUUUUACAUUCACGAAAGUAAUGAGAAUAUACAAGUUCACAUGCAGUCCUCUGUUUUUCAUGUUUCACACAUUAUAGAAUUUUACAUGGUAUCAGAAGAAUAAAGAAAAGUCUUCCGCUGAAAUCUUUCAUUCUUCUUGCUUCUUACUUCUUGAUUUUUUCUUUCUCUUGUUUCUUGCUUCUAUGGCAAACUCUGAAACACCUUCUGAAAAUUCCUCUGAGAGAGCUUCUAUGGCUAAUUCCCCUAUGUUGAAUCCUUGUGAUGAUUCCUUGAGCCAGUACUAUCUUCAUCCUUCUGACAAUCCAGGAGCACUUCUCGUGUCUGAAAUCUUUACAGCACUGGAAUUAAUGAAGAAUGAUGAAGUGCAGGCCAUCAUAGGACCUCAAAGCUCAGCACAAGCUAGGUUUGUCAUUGAACUUGGCCGGAAAGCUCAGGUUCCCAUCCUUUCCUUCUCAGCCACAAGUCCCUCUCUUUCUCCUGUCCAAAACCCCUUUUUCAUACGAACAGCCCAAGAUGACUCCGCACAAGUGAAAGCCAUAGCAGCCAUUGUUCAGGCCUAUGGUUGGCGGGAAAUUGUCCUUAUUUAUGAAGAUACAGAAUAUGGAAAUGGUUUGAUUCCAUAUUUAAUGGACGCUUUUUUAGAGAUUGACACUCGGGUGCCUUACAGAAGUGUAAUUCCUCCAUCUUCCAAUAAUAAUGAAAUCGCCAAGGAGAUAAGUAAGUUAAAGGAAGAUCAUACCAGAAUAUUUCUUGUGCACAUGACUGCUUUACUUGGCUCGAAGCUCUUUGUACUUGCAAAUAAUGCUGGAAUGUUGAGGGAAGGGUUUGCAUGGAUCUUCACUGAAGGGUUAUCAGAUUUGGAAGAUCGUAUGGGCUCAAAGGUUAAGGACUCGAUGCAAGGUGUUCUGGGACUGCGGCCAUAUAUACCCAGAUCGAAACAUUUUAAAGACUUCAAAAGAAGAUUGAAAAGAAAUUUAACCUCUAGCAAACCAAACAUUAAGAUUACUGGAUACGUCUUUGGUUUAUGGGCAUAUGAUACAGUUUUCGCUUUGGCUAUGGCAGUGGAGAAGGCCAGCAUCGUGCAUUCUAAAUUCUUAAAGAAAAAUACUAGCCAAAGUAACGUGGAUCUUGCAGCUUUAGGCAUUUCUGAAAUUGGUCCAAUGCUUCGUGAUACAAUUCUAACUACUAAAUUUCAAGGCCUAAGCGGGAAAUUUGAAUUGGUUAAAGGACAGUUGGAACCUUCAUCCUUUGAAAUACUCAAUGUCAUUGGAAACACAGAGAGAGUUAUUGGUUACUGGACCAGACAGAGAGGACUUUCCCAAGAAUUGGACGACAAUAGUGAAGUAGCAAACUCAAAUUCAAAGGACAACCUGAAGCAACCAAUCUGGCCAGGAGACACAACAGAGCAGCCUCCUAAGUUGAAGAUUGGGGUUCCGGUGAAACGAGGUUUUGAUGAAUUUCUGAAAGUGGAAUGGGAUCCUCGUACUGAUAAGCCUAUCAUAUCAGGGUUCUCCCAUGACAUGUUCAUUGCAGUACUCAAGGCAUUACCAUUCCCCCUUUCUUUUGAGUAUAUUCCCUUCAUGAAUAAAUAUAGGCAGAGUGCUGGGACAAUCGAUGAACUUAUUUACCAAAUAAAACUUCAGAAUUAUGAUGCUGUUGUGGGAGCCACAACAAUUGUAGCCAAUCGCUCUUUAUAUGUUGAUUUCACUUUGCCUUACUCAGAAUCAGGGGUGUCAAUGGUGGUUCUGUUGAAGGAUGAUGAUAAGAACAAGUUUUGGAUUUUCUUAAAGCCACUAAGCUUGGAUUUGUGGGUGACAACAUUUGCGGCAUUUGUCUUUACGGGUUUAGUGAUAUGGGUUCUUGAACAUCGAAUAAAUGGAGAGUUCAGAGGCCCGCCAGAUCAACAUCUUGGCAUGAUUUUCUGGUUCUCCUUCUCAACACUGGUCUUUGCUCACAAUAAUAGUUUAAUGGAACCAGGGGAGAAACUGCUAAGCAAUUGGUCGAGAUUUGUGAUGAUCGUAUGGAUUUUUUUGGUACUCAUCCUGACACAGAGUUAUACCGCAAGUUUAGCCUCAAUGUUAACUGUACAGAGAUUGCAGCCUACCUUUGUUGACGUAAAAGAGAUAAAAAAGAAUGGUUAUUUUGUUGGAUAUCAAAAGAAUUCCUAUGUUGAAGGGCUUCUAAUAAAACAGUUAAACUUCCAUCGGUCCAAGUUGAAGCCUUUUAGCACCCAUGAGGAGUAUCAUGAAGCAUUGUCAAAAGGAACCCAAAAUGGUGGGGUUGCUGCUGUCUUUGAUGAAAUUCCUUACAUUAAGCUCUUCCUUGCAAAGUACUGCUCCAGGUACACUAUGGUUGGUCCGACCUAUAAGUCUGAUGGAUUUGGCUUUGCCUUCCCUCUAGGAUCUCCUUUAGUCCCAUACAUUUCAAGGGCAAUCUUGAAUGUCACUCAAGACAGAGACAAAUUGGAAGCAAUUGAGCGGACCUACUUUUCAAGUCGUGGUAGUACUAAUUGUGAAGAUCCAAGCGCCUCAAUCUCAUCAAAUAGUACUAGUCUCAGUCUGCACAGCUUCGGCGGCCUCUUCAUCAUCACUGGAACCGUUUCCUUGAUCUCACUCUUGGUUUGCUUCUUCAAGUUCUUUGGCUCACAUUGGCCAACUUUGAGCAACAGCAAUCCUGAGAGCUCCUUUUGGUCCAAGUUGAUUGAAAUGGCAAAGCAUUUUGACAGGAGAGAUCCCUCUUCACAUCUCAUUGAAAGAAAUACAUCCAUGGCACAUCCCAUUGCAGGUCCUAGAGUAAUUGAACCUUCAACCUAAUAUUUGAUCAUAUGGAGAACCACUCAUGAAAUUCCGACCUUACAAGUGACGGGUUUGUUGGGAGUUCCAUAUUAAUUAUAUGGAAGUACUUCUUUCCCCUUUCUGAUAAAAUCUUCAGGCAAAAUAUAUACCGCAUCAAUUUCUAGUAUAGAUGGUUUAUAUGCCAUCAAUAACAUACCAUUAAUGCAGUAAAAAAAUUAAUCAGAUUUUAUUUUAAUUAAUCAGAUACUGUCUGCUCAUUGACAUGUAAUCUUCACGAUUACAUUUUAAUACCGUUCUGUAUUAUCAAUGUCGUCGUAUUGUGGGAAAGAUUUGGCAUUAAGUCAUUGGGCUUCCCAAGCACCUUACAGCAGAUUAUCAAGUUGUGCUUGCAGAUCCUGUAUAGAUGCCAUAUUGAUGAUGCUUUCCAUCUCUUCAGCAGAAUAUUCUGCUUUUAGCAAGGAUUGUACUUGUACAUGGGCUUCCACAAUGUUUGUCCUGCAUUACCCAAAUAGGGGGAAAAAAAAAAAAAACCAUAGUGCUCUCGAUU